AUGGAUCAAUUUCGUGGCUUGUUUGCCAAGCUGGACCAAAACGAUGAUGGAUUCGUGUCUGUGGCGGAGCUCCACGACGAAAUGAAGAGGCAUGGGAUCCUGUCGGCGGAUGGCAAGGUCCAGACCAUCAUUGACUCUUAUGACAAAGACAAAGAUGGCCUGCUGGAUUAUAAAGAGUUCCUCAGAUACUUGAUGGACAGAGAGAAGAAAUGGAAAAUUCACUUCCAUGACCUUGACAAGAACAAGUGUGGAGUGAUUGACCAGGAGGACAUCAUAUGUUUGUUUAAGGAGUUAGGAGUGGUCAUAUCAAAGCCGAAUGCAAAACAAAUUAUUCAAAUGAUGGAUAAGGACAGCUCGAUGACCGUGGACUGGGAUGAAUUCCUCCACCAUAUCAUCCUCAACCCUGUGGACGACAUCAGGGAGCUGGUGUCCUCCUGGAAACACAGUCUGGUUUUUGAUGUGGGUGAGAGUCGUGCGAUGCCCAUCGAGUUCCCAGAGGGGGCGUCUGGUUUGGGUGCAUGGAGGACAUUUGUUCUCGCAGCAGGACUGGCCGAUGUUGUCUCCCGAACUGUGACGGCUCCCAUCGACCGACUGAAGACCCAACUUCAGGUUCAUGGAUCCAAAGCCUUCUCUCAAGGCUUUCAGGAGAUGAGGGCAGGCGGUCUGCGGUCGAUGUGGCAAGGCAACGCCGUCAAUGUGCUCAAAGGAACGCCACAGUCAACACUACAGUGUCUCAUCUACGCCCAGAUGAAGCUGUACACCCAGAGCAGAACACAGGAGACGCUGACGGUGCAGCAGCGCUUUGGACUGGGGUGUGUGUCCGGCGCCGUUGCUCACGCUGCCUUCUACCCUUUAGAGGUAUUGAAGGUGAGGUUGAACCUGCAGCAAGCUGGUACUUAUAACGGAGUCAUGGCAUGUGCCCGAUCUAUUUACAGACACGAGUCGAUGUCGUCCUUUUACAGAGGAUUCAAGCCGAGCAUCCUCUGCAUGAUCCCCUACGCAGGUGUGGAGUGUGCAGUUCAUCAGUCUAUCAUGUGCUGGGCAAAAAGUGAUCCAGCCUACAACAGUGACUCCAAACUGUUCCUCUUCAGUUUCGUGGCCUUUGCGUCAGGACAAAUGACCAGUUACCCUCUGGCAGUGAUCAGGACUCAGCAGCAAGCACAAGCUUUCAGCUCAGAUUCACGUCCAGCUUCGGGUGUAUUGCAAGGACUUGUAGGGAUAUAUGAAAGACGUGGACUGAGAGGAUAUUAUAAUGGCAUGGGAGCCAGCUUUGUCAGGGCGAUCCCCUGUGCUCUGAUAAACUACACUUUGACUAGAAAAUUUGAAAAUGUGUUUUCUUCAAUGGAGUCUUGAAUGUAGCAAAGGGGUUGCUUUCUUUAAUGUAAUGUCACUCUCGGUUCUGUUAACUUUUUUUUUCAGGGAUUUGAUGAGGAACACAGAAAACUAAAACUGUGAAUUUCUAGUGUGUAAUGAUAACUGUAAUCUUCACAAAUGGCUGAAAUUGUAAUUCAUGUCUGACAGAUAUGAAUUAUCAUGUUAUUCAACUGCAGCUUUUUUAAAGCUUGACUUAAGUGAAUGGUUCACCAUUGAUCAGGAGAUGUGGUGAAGUUUUUAAACACACAAAACACCUCACGAAAUGCUGAUGCAUGGUUGACUUGAAACUUACGGUGUGAUCAAGAUGAAAGUGGGCUGUGUAAACAAGCAUGUGUGGAAAUGUGAGCUGUACAAUAAAAUUUUAUUUCA